CUUUGUUCUAGUAAAUGGGCGUGUUUGCUCUGCUCAUUCCUUUGAGUUACUCUCCGGGUAGAAAGGACAUGGACUUAAGGUUGACAGGACUACACUACCUCUGAGCCACAGGGUUGCUCUUGGACACAUCAGGGACUAAGGUGGAGAUGGAGGAUUUCUGGGCAGCGGCCAUUUGGGCCCUGGAGAUCUGGCUGUACCUCAUUAUCAGCACCAUCAUGAUCCCAGCCAUGUUUGGAUUCUCACUGGGCAUCUCCGAGACCUACAUGACAAUCCUGGUCCAAACCUUAGAGUGGGCCACUCUGAAGAUACAGAAGGCAAACGCUGAUGAGCGAACACUCAAAUCCUCUCCAUCGAACGGUCUCAUCCAGAGGGAAGAUGGCUCUAUGGAGAAAGAGUUGGAGGAACUUAGACGCAGUCGCCCCAAACCACCAGUGGGUGGGGAUUUUACACUUAGUGACUGUUUCUAUUUCACCCGGCGAGGAAUUGAGAGCAUUGUAGAGGAUGAGGUGACCCAGCGGUUCAGUUCAGAGGAGCUUGUGUCCUGGAACUUACUGACUCGCACCAACAAUGAUUUCCAGUACAUCAGUCUGAAGCUGACGUUGGUCUACGGCCUUGGCAUCUUUGUGAGAUACUGUAUCCUCGCCCCUCUCAGGAUAACACUAGCCUGCAUUGGCCUCACCUGGUUGGUCAUAGGAACAUCUGCAGUUGGAUUACUUCCAAAUUGGAGGAUUAAGUUCUGGCUCAGUGAAUGGGUCCAUGUGAUGUGCUACAGGAUCUGUGCUCGAGGACUCUCUGCCACCAUCCGCUAUCACAACCGGGAAAAUAAACCCAAAAAAGGAGGAAUCUGUGUCGCCAAUCACACCUCUCCUAUCGACAUUGUGAUUCUCUGCAAUGAUGGGUGUUAUGCUAUGGUGGGUCAGGUACAUGGAGGUCUGAUGGGAGUCAUCCAGAGAGCCAUGGUGAGGUCCUGUCCUCAUGUGUGGUUUGAGAGAGCAGAGAUGAAAGAUCGCCACCUGGUGACCAAAAGGUUGAAGGAUCAUGUGAAUGACAAGACAAAGCUUCCCAUAUUGAUAUUUCCAGAGGGAACCUGUGUCAACAACACAUCUGUCAUGAUGUUUAAAAAAGGCAGUUUUGAAAUUGGAGCAACAAUAUACCCAGUAGCCAUUAAGUAUGAUCUAAAGUUUGGAGAUGCUUUCUGGAACAGUUCCAAGUACAGCAUGGUCAGUUACCUGCUGAGGAUGAUGACCAGCUGGGCCCUUGUCUGUAACGUCUGGUACCUGCCAGCUAUGCACCAACAGGAGGGGGAAGAUGCUGUCCAGUUUGCCAACAGAGUUAAGUCAGCCAUUGCUCACCGAGGAGGGCUGGUAGAUCUACAGUGGGAUGGAGGCCUGAAGAGAGCAAAGGUGAAGGAGUCGUUUAAAGAGCAGCAGCAGAAGCAGUACAGCAGCAUGGUGGUGGGAGACGACAGCAGCAGCAAUAGUGACUGAGAUCCCCGACCAGGACGCUGUACAAAUCCCUGCCCCAUUUUUGGAGAACAUACACCAGGAAACAGACUUUUCUCUGCUAGAAUGUUCUCAUUAGCCGGACCUGGGAGGGAAUACUGCCAAGUGGACUUAAACACACUGUGAAACCUUAGGUACAGCUAAAAGGAGGAAAGUCUCAGUGAUUCAAAGAAAACACGAAGUGCAAUAUUGAACUUUAUGAGACACUGACUGAAGGUCUCUGUUUUUACUGCUGCUGAAGAUAACAUAGCAACUGUUGUGGUUGAGUUAAUGCUGAGAAAAUGCUCUGAAUGAAAUGUGUGAUUGCAGAAAAGCCACUGGAUUCACGAAUGUAUCUACUCACACAGUCAUUUGACUCAUUUAUGUGUUCAUUGUUUUUAAAAAAUAAAUUUUACAAUUUUAA